AUGCAUUUUUUACUGGCAGUAACUGCAGUGACUACAAUUACCUUCCUUGGUUUCGUUAACGCCAAAGAAUCAGUUACAGUUACCAAAAAAGUUUACUUGGAUAUUGCGAUUGAGAAUGAAAAGAUUGGACGAAUAGAAAUCGGACUGUUUGGCAAUGAAGUACCGAAAACAGUAGAAAACUUUCGAGCACUAGCGACUGGCGAAAAAGGUUUUGGUUACAAAGGAUCUAAAUUUCAUCGUGUUAUCGCAGAAUUCAUGAUACAAGGUGGUGAUUUUACGCGCGGUGAUGGGACUGGUGGCAGAAGUAUUUACGGUGAUCGUUUCGAGGAUGAGAACUUCAAACUGAAGCAUUACGGUGCUGGUUGGUUGAGUAUGGCUAAUGCUGGAGCCGACACAAAUGGAUCACAGUUCUUCAUUACGACGGUGCAAACAUCGUGGCUUGAUGGCCGUCAUGUUGUGUUCGGGAAAGUACUCUCUGGAAUGGACGUCGUGAAGACUAUUGAAAAAACCGAAACACUUGCAGGGGAUCGUCCGGCAAAAGAUGUUGUGAUUGUGGAUUGUGGUGAACUGCCCGUUGAUACUCCAUUUGAUACACCAAAAGAACCCGCAGCAUAA